UUCCCAUAUCAAUUUAUGUUGCAGCUGGAUCCCGGGCUUCUUACACCAGCCAGCAUAGCCACCUGGGCUCCGAGCUAAGGGCACUACAGUCUCCAGAGCAUCACAUAGAUCCUAUUUAUGAAGACAGAGUAUAUCAGAAGCCCCCUAUGAGGAGUCUCAGCCAGAGUCAAGGGGACCCUCUUCAACCAGCACAUACAGGCACAUAUCGCACUAGCACAGCCCCAUCUUCCCCUGGUGUCGACUCCGUACCCUUACAGCGCACAGGCAGUCAACACGGCUCACAGAACGCAACAGCGACCUUCCAGAGGGCCAGCUAUGCAGCCGGCCCAGCCUCCAAUUACGCAGACCCCUACCGACAGCUGCAGUAUUGUCCUUCUGUUGAAUCACCAUACAGCAAAUCUGGACCAGCCAUCCCACCUGAGGGAACCUUGGCUAGGUCACCUUCAAUUGAUAGCAUUCAGAAAGAUCCCAGAGAGUUUGGAUGGAGAGACCCGGAACUUCCAGAAGUCAUUCAGAUGUUACAGCAUCAGUUCCCCUCAGUACAAUCCAAUGCUGCUGCCUACUUGCAGCACCUCUGCUUUGGAGACAAUAAAAUAAAAGCUGAGAUAAGAAGACAAGGAGGAAUACAGUUACUGGUGGACCUAUUGGACCAUCGAAUGACAGAAGUCCACCGUAGUGCCUGUGGAGCGCUGAGGAAUUUGGUGUAUGGGAAAGCCAACGACGACAACAAAAUUGCUUUGAAAAACUGUGGGGGUAUUCCAGCACUAGUACGAUUACUGCGCAAGACUACAGAUUUGGAAAUCAGAGAACUAGUCACAGGAGUUCUCUGGAAUCUGUCAUCUUGUGAUGCACUAAAAAUGCCAAUUAUCCAGGAUGCCCUUGCAGUGUUGACCAAUGCAGUGAUCAUUCCUCAUUCAGGAUGGGAAAACUCCCCACUCCAGGAUGACCACAAAAUACAGCUUCAUUCAUCACAGGUGCUGCGCAAUGCCACUGGGUGCCUAAGGAAUGUCAGCUCUGCUGGAGAAGAAGCCCGCAGAAGAAUGAGAGAGUGUGAUGGACUAACGGAUGCAUUGCUGUACGUGAUUCAGUCUGCUCUAGGGAGCAGUGAAAUUGAUAGCAAGACCGUUGAAAACUGUGUGUGCAUUUUAAGGAACCUCUCAUACAGACUCGCUGCAGAAACAUCUCAGGGACAGCAAAUGGGGACCGAUGAACUAGAUGGCUUGCUUUGUGGCGAUGCCAAUGGAAAAGACGCAGAAAGUUCGGGAUGCUGGGGCAAGAAGAAGAAGAAAAAGAAAUCUCAAGAUCAGUGGGAUGGCGUAGGUCCUCUCCCCGACUGUGCAGAACCACCAAAAGGAAUUCAGAUGCUGUGGUACCCAUCCAUAGUCAAACCCUACCUCACACUUCUCUCUGAGUGCUCAAAUCCAGAUACGUUGGAAGGGGCAGCUGGCGCACUACAAAAUCUGGCCGCAGGUAGUUGGAAGUGGUCAGUCUAUAUCCGCGCUGCCGUACGGAAAGAGAAAGGCCUGCCUAUACUGGUAGAAUUGCUUCGAAUAGAUAAUGACCGGGUAGUAUGUGCGGUUGCAACAGCUUUACGGAAUAUGGCCUUAGAUGUCCGAAAUAAAGAGUUAAUAGGCAAGUAUGCUAUGCGGGACCUGGUUCACCGGCUUCCAGGAGGUAACAACAGCAACAGUUCAGGAAGCAAGGCCAUGUCUGAUGAUACCGUCACUGCUAUUUGUUGCACCUUGCAUGAAGUCAUCACGAAAAACAUGGAGAAUGCCAAGGCCUUACGGGACGCAGGAGGAAUCGAGAAGCUUGUUGGCAUUUCCAAGAGUAAAGGAGACAAGCACUCACCAAAAGUAGUGAAGGCAGCAUCUCAGGUCUUAAAUAGCAUGUGGCAGUACAGAGACCUGAGAAGUCUCUACAAGAAGGAUGGAUGGUCACAGUAUCACUUUGUAGCCUCAUCUUCAACGAUAGAGAGGGAUCGGCAAAGGCCGUACUCCUCAUCGCGUACGCCCUCCAUCUCUCCAGUGCGCAUGUCUCCCAACAACCGUUCAGCAAGUGCCCCAGCCUCACCUCGGGAAAUGAUCACUUUAAAAGAAAGAAAAACAGACUACGAGUCAACUGGAACAAAUGCUACUUAUGGAAAUAAAGGAGAGCACACUUCUAGGAAAGACACAAUGACAGCUCAGAACACUGGAAUCUCUACUUUGUACAGAAAUUCUUAUGGUGCACCUGCUGAAGAUAUUAAACACAACCAGGUCUCAACACAGCCAGUUCCACAGGAGCCCACUAGAAAAGAUUAUGAACCAUAUCAGCCAUUUCAGAAUUCAACAAGAAACUAUGACGAGUCCUUCUUUGAGGACCAAGUACAUCACCGUCCUCCUGCAAGCGAGUACAAUAUGCAUCUGGGACUUAAGUCCACCGGGAACUACGUCGACUUCUACUCAGCUGCUCGGCCCUACAGUGAACUCAAUUACGAAACAAGCCACUAUCCUGCAUCUCCAGAUUCCUGGGUUUGAGAUUUGGGCAAGGAAAAAAACAAAAACAAAACGGCUCCGGGAACUGUGCAUGUGCAUGCAUACCACAAGACAUUCUUUUUCCUGCAAAUUUAGUUUGUUAAAAGCCUGUUCCAUAGGAAGGCCCUGAUAACCAAGUGUGGAAAACCUUUAAGAUGCUUUUAGAUGGCUAAAAAGAUUUGGACAUUAAGCACGGGAGUGUCAUUAGAAAGGGGGGAAAUGUAUAUGUAUUUCUGUAUCUAUAUAAUCCCGUCUCUCUAUAUAUAUAGAUAUAGAAAUAUAUUGUGGGGAGGGGGGCAGCUUUGCGGUUGGCCCUUGUAUGUAGAGUGUAAAACAAAUAGUGCUGUAUAUUGAAUGUGGCUGAAGGAAAGAGGAGAAGGUGCAACAGCCAACAUAGGACCAGAGUUAAGCACAAGAAAAUGAAUAGUUUACAAAACCUUAAGGGGGACAGCUUCUCACACUUUUGUUUCCUCUCCUCAUCCAUUGUGAAUCUAGGCUUCAAGUUGCAUUUGAGGUUUCCUCUGUACAGCAAGAUGUUUCUUGCCUUUUGUUAAUGCAUUGUUGCAAAGUAUUUGAUGUACAUUACAGAUUUAAGAGCGAGAGAGAGCGAGAGAGAGAAGUGCAUUGUGUAUAUUACACCAAUGCCACAGUGUUUCUUCAUCUAUGGUUCUAAAUAUUGCUUCAAUUUCAAAACUUUGAAAUAUGUAUGAAUUUCCAGGGGGGGGGAGAGGGGUUGUUUUUUUCUUCCUUCCUUUCUUCCUUUUCUUUUCCCCAGUGCGUUUUAACAAAACAAAAAAACAAAAAAAACCAACGGAAUAUUUAGCAGUAUUGUUCGUUCUGAUAUGUGAAUUUGUUUGUGGCAACUAAAAAAAAAAAGGCAUUCAGCAGUUUCUGACAAUUAACAUUCAUCAUUCCACACUCCUUGUCAACGAAGUGCUUUUUCACUGCCUAAAAUUUUAGAUGUAGAUAUUUGAAAUAGAUUUUUUCAUUUAUACCAGUUUUCUUUAUGAUGAUACAGUGUUAAAAAGAAAAUAAAUUACAAUUGAUCUGUCAUCCA